GCCAAGUGUACAUGCCCUGUAGCAAAAAUCUCUCUCAAAAAAAUAAACAGGAACAAAAUUACAGUAGAGAAUGUCAAUUCCAAAGAAGUCCUGCUGAUUCUCCCAUUGAGUGGCAGGGCUCAAGUCAUCAUUAGAGAAUUUUAUUUUUAAAAAAGUCAUCUUAAGCUUCAGCCGGGAAGGACGUUGCUGUCGAGGCAGGGUAACUGCCAUGGCUUCCAGAGCUUUGGCGAAACCUCAGCUGCGUGGCCUUCUGGCCAAGCGUCUGCGAUUUCGUAUUGUUGGGGGAUUCAUUGUAUCCCUGAGUGUUGCAGCUUUCUCUAAGUUUGCUGUGGCUGAGCCAAGAAAGAAAGCAUAUGCAGAUUUCUACAGAAAUGAUGAUUCCAUGAAAGAUUUCGAAGAGAUGAGGAAGGCUGGUGUCUUUCGGAGUACAAAGUGAUUUUGGAAUGUAAAGAAUGUCACUGGAUUGGUGCCGUGUUCCUGAAACAUGAAUCCAUGGGCUAAAGAAUAGUUUCUCUUGAUAAAUAAACACUGUGGACAGUAAAAAAAAAAAGUCACCUUAAAAUGCAAGGCUGUCAGUUGAACAUCACAAUUAAACGUGCCAAGGGAGAAGCCAUGUCGUCAAAAUGCCCACUUGACCCACCCAGACAUCUCAGACCCACCCUCUGCUGGCCUUCUAUAACCCCCUUUUUAAAGUUUUUGUUUUCUUUUUUUAAACAAGAGAAAGUAGACAGAUACGUGUUGGUAAAUGCUAACUGUCCAUGUUCACAUAGAGACCCAGUGUCAUCUCUGAGCCCAAAAUACAGAGAAAGGAGGGGAAGCUAGAAUUCCACGCACUCCACAGGCCUCGCACCCUCCAGCUUCCAGCAGAGCGGAGGGAGCAGAAGGCUUUUCUUUCUUCCCCACGGAGCACGGCGGUGUUGAGUCCAAACAGUUUUUGUUGAGAUAGGAAGGGAUAAGAAUAAAUCUGGAACAGAAAAGGGUAGAUUCUUUCCCCGUUGUAUUCUUUUUAUUUUUUUUUUUUUGGAGAGGGUUUUUUUUUGGUUUUUUGGGUUUUUUUUAAC